UUCACCAAUAUCUAAGUUCAGUAAACACACAUCACUAUUCACAGAGACGAAGAUCAAAUAUAAUAAUAUAAGUUAAUUUCUUCUCUUUCUUUUUUUCUCUCUCUCUCUCAGUGUUUAUCUUCUUUCAUCAUUUUAUUUUGCUCUCUCUCUUUCUCUCUGUGAGUUUCUGUGUCUAUUUAUUAUUAUUUCUUCUUUGCCUUCAUCUUCUCCCUCCUUCUGAUCAUCAUCAUUAUCAUCAUCAUUCUGGGUCACUGUUAAUUUCGUUAAUGUCUCUAUGUGUUCACUUUUUUAUUUUCAUUUUCAUUUUUACUUUUACAUGAGUGAAGACAUUGGAUUGUAUUAACAUUGGAUUUAGAUUAUAACUGUGAUUUAAGUGUUUCUUUUUAAUUCUGUUGAUUUCUCAUCAUCAUCAUCAUCAUUACUUCAUCAUCUUAAUUAACAUCUUAUUUUAUUAUUCUAUUUUUCUUUUUUCUCUCUCAUCUUUAAUUAGUUAAUCAAUUUAUUUGAUUGUUUUGUUUUUUUCCUCCUCUCAGUUAAUAAAAUUAUCACAAUAAUCACUUGGGUGUUUGUGUUCAAUUGUUUUUGUCCGCUACCAAAUUGUGAGCGUGUUUCUUGUGAUUAAACUUUUCUUUUCUUCUAAUUGUUGUUACGUUCAUAUGAAAUAGACAAUUUGUUUAAUUAGUGACCAUGUUGACAAUGUUAUUUAAUCCAGUUCACUCUGGUCCCCAUAACCAGGUAAACAUGGAAACUUGUUCGGAUGCCGAGGAAAUAACAAUAACCCGAAAACAAGCUCGUUAUCCAUCAUCGCCAGUUGAUUUAACGGUUACUUCAAUUUCAUCACCUCAUUCACUUGGAUCAUUACCUUCUUCACUUUCACCAGGAUCUUUUUCAAUGAAAAAUAUGCUGAAUGGUCACAACAUUAAUAAUAACUCCUCAAACAGUAACGAUGGGAGCAACAAUAGUAAUACGAACAAUUUAAUCAACAACAAUAAUAGUAAUUCAUCUUCAUCGAAUGGAUUAAGUCCAACCAGUCCACUUUUUUCAUCUCGUAAACAACGAGAAUUUAUUCCCGACUCAAAGAAAGAUGAUUGCUAUUGGGAUAGACGACGAAGGAACAACGAAGCAGCAAAAAGAUCUCGGGAGAAACGUCGUAUCUCUGAUAUGGUCUUGGAAACUCGAGUUCUCGAACUGACCCGGGAAAAUGCAUUUCUAAAAGCAGAACUUUGUGCCAUUAAGGAGAAAUUCGGUCUACCUUCGAAUCAACAUUUCGCUGACCCUGAAGUAGUACCACUUUCAAUGCCAGAAAAUGGUUGUCGAGGUCGACGAAAUAAACUAUUAACCACCAUUAUGAGCGGAAAUGGUUAUUCAGGUGAAAAUGAAUGUAACGGAUUACCAAUGAUACCAUCAACCGCAUCAUCGCCAUCAUCUUCAUCUUCAUCUUUAUACGACAAUGGUAUUUCCAAUGGAUGCUUAACAAGUCCAACAUCAACCUCAACAAUAUCAACAACCUCAUCACCUUCAGCUCCAACAGCAACCUCAAUAUCAGGUUCAUCACCACCUUCACUUAAUCAUCAUCAUCACCAUCACCAUCAACUUAAUCAUCUUCACCACUCGCCAACCUCACCAACAUCAAAUGGACUUUUCAGUUCUGGACCUUUUAAAACGCGAUCAUCGUCACCAACUCCCUCAAAUUAUCAUCACAACAAUAAUAAUAAUCAUCCAUUGGGAUCAUCAACAUCUUCCUCAUCAACAGUACCAGGAAUUAACUCAUGUUUACCUUUUAAAUUGAGACACAAAGCUCGAACCACGGUGACAGAUAGUGACUCCGGAAGUGAUACAAACGGAAACGGUAUCGAUUGUCCAUUAAGUGAUAAAAUACUUUCAGGUGUUAACGUUGACGGGGCUUUGGCUUCCUCUCUUGAGUCCAACCUUCAAACGGAAAAUUUUACACUUCGACGAGAAUUGGAAAGAUUAGCGAACGAAGUUAAUUCAUUAAAAUCUUACAUUAAACCAAAAUCUUCUGGUAAUAAUAAUCAAAAUUCAUCAUCUCCAUCAAUUACCACCAAUGGUUAUUCAAAUUGCGAUGAUUACAAUGAUGAUGAUGAAAACCUUUGUUAGUUUAUUAUAUAAUAUUAAGAAUCUGAUUUGUUAAUCUCUUAGCCUAAUUGUUAAUCUUGACAAACCAAUCCAAAAACCUUUCCAAUCCCAAUCCAUUUUCAUUGAAACAAUUAAGAGAGAGUCUAUUAAAUAUAUAAUUAUUUAACUUAUCACCAUUGAUGCCAUUCAUGUUAAUUGUUAUUUCUUAAUUAAAUCAAUUUUUUGCUUCACUUUCAA